CAAAUAUGAAACCGACCGGAAAGCUGUUUUUUUCUGAGCCACAAAAAUGAAAGAAACACCGGAGAAGUCGUCGGAGGUGGAAUCCAGUUGGAAUACGAGUAAGGUAUACGAUUCCUACGAGGACCCCACAUGUCGACCACCGUCCAAGCUUUCACACUGAGAGGGAGAGGUAGAGAUGUUUGGGUGCAAGUGCUUUUACUGGAACAGUAUCGCCGAUCAGUCCCCGUCGGAGCCCGAAACCUUCUCUCUUCCUGCUCCACUUCCCGAUUGGCCUCCUGGUCAAGGAUUUUCUUCUGGAAGAAUAAAUCUUGGAGAAAUAGAAGUUCUUAGAAUCUCUAGGUUCGAGUUCAUUUGGAGUUUCAAUCCUUCACAGGACAAGAAAAAAGGUGUUACAUUUUAUAAACCGGCAGGAAUACCUGAUGGAUAUUGUAGCCUAGGCCACUAUUGCCAACCUAAUGACAAGCCUUUGCGAGGUUUUGUUCUCGUAGCUAGGGAGUUGUCUUUGUUUGCAAAGGAAGCUACUCAUAUUUGCAGCACUGUGAACUCACCAGCUCUCCGGAAGCCCAUUGAUUAUACAUUAGUUUGGAGUUCAAAUGAUGGAAAUGAAGAGACUUAUGAAGGAUAUGGUUUCUUCUGGCUACCUCAGCCGCCUGAUGGCUAUAAGGCAAUGGGUUAUUUAGUUACUAAAACAGCAGAAAAACCUGAGUUGGAUGAAGUACGAUGUGUGCGGGCUGACCUGACAGAUAAUUGUGAAGCUUAUCGCCUAUUGCUCAAUGUUGACUCUAAAUUUUCAGAAUUUCCAUUUCGAGUUAGGAGCAUGAGACCCUCCCAUCGUGGCAUGUGGGGAAGAGGUGUUUCCGUGGGUACUUUUUGCUGUAGUAGCCACUGGACCUCUGAAGAAAUACAUGUUACAUGCUUGAAGAAUUUAGAUCCUGGGCUGCAUGCAAUGCCAAACACUGACCAGAUUCAUGCGCUCAUUAAGCACUAUGGACCCACGGUUUUCUUCCAUCCUGAUGAGGUAUACCUGCCAUCUUCUGUUUCAUGGUUCUUCAAAAAUGGAGCAUUGUUGUACAAAAAAGGAGACUUGAUUGGUGAGGCUAUUGAUGCUAGAGGUUCAAAUUUGCCAGGCGGUGGGACAAAUGAUGGGGCAUUCUGGAUAGAUUUGCCAGGUGGUGAUCGAAGAGAUGCUGUAAUUCAUGGAAAUUUGGAAAGUACUAAACUUUAUGUUCAUGUGAAGCCUGCUCUAGGGGGGACUUUUACUGAUAUCGCAAUGUGGGUCUUUUGUCCUUUUAAUGGGCCAGGAACUCUUAAAAUUGGAAUUAUGAAUAUUGCUAUGAGCAAGAUUGGUCAGCAUGUCUGUGACUGGGAGCAUUUCACCCUCCGUAUAUGCAAUUUUACCGGAGAGCUGUGGAGUAUAUACUUCUCUCAGCACAGCGGUGGUGAAUGGGUGGAUGCAUAUGACUUGGAGUACAUGGACGGAAACAAGGCUAUCGUUUACUCAUCAAAAAGUGGGCAUGCAAGCUUUCCUCAUCCUGGAACCUACAUUCAGGGUUCCUCAAAACUGGGGAUUGGAGUAAGGAAUGAUGCUGCCCGCAGUAACCUAUUUGUGGAUUCAAGCAUUCAUUAUGAACUUGUCGCAGCAGAGUAUCUAGGAGCGGAGGCUGUCGCUGAACCUUGCUGGUUGCAGUUUAUGAGAGAGUGGGGUCCCACGAUUAUCUACGACUCAAAAACAGAACUAGAUAAGAUAAUUAAUCGUCUGCCUGUGAUGCUUCGAUACUCAGCGGAGAACAUAUUUGGCAAGUUUCCGGUGGAGCUGUAUGGGGAGGAAGGACCAACUGGGCCAAAGGAGAAGAACAACUGGAUUGGUGAUGAAAGAGGCUAGGUUGUUUGUAGAAUCCACUGUGAUGGAUCAUUGUCCAUCUUCUGCUGCUGCUGUUUAUAUAUUACACGGCUUACUAAUCAAUUGAUUUCGAAACUGGUCAUGUAAAAAUGUAUGUAAUAUAUAUAUAUAUGCUAUUGUUGUCGAAGGUUGAGACAGUUUGGUAAUGUUUUUCAUACCCAGGGAUCAUGGGUUGAACUUAUGUCUUGGGAUGGGACCUGCGAUGAUGAUGGGGAUGGCUGCUCUGCAUGACUCGGUUCAACCAGUAGACAAAGGGGAGGAAGCGCAGAAGAGAUUGUACUUGUAGUUGUAUAGAAUUAGAGAUAUAUACAUACGAAUUCUGAUAUUCGGACUUAAAAUAUGGCUAAUUUUAUGUGAGGGUUGGAAAAGUGAAAUGAUAAGCGAGUCCAUAUAGUUAUGGAUCGUACUCAUUUAUCGAAA